GUGAACUAAAAAAAAUUCAAAAAGAUAUUUGAAAUAAUUAAAAGAAAAAUUAAUUAAAGAAAACAAAAUACAUAAUUUCCACCUGCUUUUAAUACUAAAUUCGUUCGUUCAUUUCCAUAGACCUCGCUCACUCCCAACAUCAUGGCCUACUGGGCCAUAGCGACACGCAAAGGCGAGUCUCCGCCCAUGAAAAUCACACCCGUACUAAAUCCCAAUCAACGUGAGUUCCUCGAAGAUGAGCUGCUGUAUCGUGAAAAACUGGAGAUACUCGCCGAGAACAAUACGCUCAGCACCGAUCUCUUUGUGCGCAAAUUCGAGGAUAUCGACGAUCCAGUGUUGUUGGACAAACACGACUCCUUCUAUCACACCACCAAGAGUCUGCUGGUGCUUUUUCAGAUUAUGGGCGUUAUGCCAAUACAUCGUAACCCGCAGAAGUAUGGCUUGGCACGCACGGGUUAUUCGUGGACCUCGAAGCAAGUCUUUUGGGCUAUAUUCGUCUUCACCGUCCAAACGACGGUGGUGGUAUUGGUGUUGCGUGAACGUGUGAAUAAUUUUCUCAACGACACCGAUCGACGCUUCGAUGAGGCUAUUUACAAUGUGAUUUUCAUUAGUUUGUUGUUUACGAAUUUUCUGCUGCCGGUGGCGAGUUGGCGUCACGGUCCGCAGGUGGCAAUCUUCAAGAAUAUGUGGACGAAUUAUCAAUUGAAAUUUCUGAAAGUAACCGGUGCGCCGAUUGUUUUCCCCAAUCUCUAUCCGCUCACUUGGGGUUUGUGUUUCUUCUCGUGGGGCGUGAGUAUUGCCAUCAAUUUGUCGCAAUAUUAUCUGCAGCCGGAUUUCAAAUUAUGGUACACUUUCGCCUACUAUCCGAUUAUUGCAAUGUUGAACGGGUUCUGCAGUUUGUGGUACAUAAACUGCACCGCUUUUGGCACCGCCAGUCGUGCACUUUCCGCCUCGCUGGAGCUGACUUUGAUGAGUGAUAAGCCAGCAAAGAAGCUCACUGAGUACAGACAUCUGUGGGUGGAUCUGAGUCACAUGAUGCAGCAAUUAGGCCGCGCCUACUCCAACAUGUACGGCAUGUAUUGCCUCGUCGUUUUUUUCACAACCAUCAUCGCUACAUAUGGUUCGCUGAGCGAGAUUAUGGAUCAUGGCGCCACAUAUAAGGAAGUUGGUCUCUUCGUUAUCGUUUUCUAUUGCAUGAGUCUACUCUAUAUCAUUUGUAAUGAGGCACAUUAUGCCACGCAAAGUGUCGGUUUGGAUUUCCAAACGAAAUUGUUAAACGUCGACCUGACCGCCGUGGACAGUGCCACGCAGAAGGAAGUGGAAAUGUUUCUCAUGGCAAUCACGAAGAAUCCGCCGAUCAUGAAUUUGGAUGGCUAUGCGAACAUCAAUAGAGAGUUGAUAACAUCGAAUGUUUCCUUCAUGGCUACAUAUUUGGUCGUUUUGCUGCAAUUCAAAAUCACCGAACAGCGAAACUACUCGCUGAAGGAGGCCGCGAUGCUCUGAUGGAAAUGAUUACGAGAAUUUAUUUUUUGUUUCCGAA